GGUUGCUUCACACUCUGGGAACUCGCUUAGUGAUUCAGAGCUGCGAGCUCUCGUGUGAUGAGCAGCGGAGUUUGACAAGACAGCAGCUGGGAGUCGGGCAGUCUGACAGCAGUUAGCAAGCAGCAGUCACUCGGCUGAGGAGCACCAAGAUUCUAAGAGACCCGUUCAAAAUGCCCAACUUUGCAGGCACUUGGAAGAUGAAGAGCAGUGAGAAUUUUGACGACUUGUUGAAAGUACUGGGGGUCAGCGCUAUGCUGAGGAAGGUGGCUGUGACGGCCGCAUCAAAGCCACUAGUGGAGAUCCGGCAGGACGGGGACCGGUUCUACAUCAAAACCUCCACCGCAGUGAGGACCACCGAGAUCAACUUCAAAAUAGGAGAGGAGUUUGAGGAGGAGACAGUGGACGGGAGAAAAUGCAAGAGUCUUCCCAGCUGGGAAAAUGAGAACAAAAUCUAUUGCAAGCAGACUCUUGUUAGUGGCAGUGGACCAAAAACACACUGGACCCGGGAACUGGUCAACGAUGAGUUAAUACUGACACUGGUUGCUAAUGACGUCGUGUGUACGAGGAUCUAUGUUAAAGAGUAGCUGCACCCACAGUGGUUUUACUGGGGAAAGCCCAUUAGCUGCCAGAUCAUCUGAUCACCAGGCGCAUGAUGUUCACUGAUAUUGAACAAUGAUGGUCCAGGGUUUGCAUUAAUGUUAUAGUUUUUACUUUAAUGUUGACAGAUCUCUUUGAUGUUUUUGAUGCUGAUGUUGUAAAUCAUCUGAAGUUUAUUAAGUGUAUCUUAUUUCACACGGUCUUGUGCACUUUUGUAUGUCAGAUGUAGAAAUGUUGAGCAAUAACCUCUUUAGCUGUGUUUCUGUGCUCUGUGAAGCAAAAGUAGAUUUCUUCACUCCAAGAAGUUGAAUGCACUGGACAGAAGCAGAAUGAAUUGGGAAAUAAAAUCACAAAGGAAUGUGCAAAGCC